AUGACGUCCGCCCCACGAAUGGUGCUCAUGCACCUGCCCAAAAACAAUCCGAUCGACAUAAUGUUUACGGACAUUGAGUUCACAGUGACCGUCGGCACACUGCGCAGAGGUAAGAAAAAAAAAUGAAGAAUACUCAAAUAACUAUCAAAAUAAUACCAAAAACACAAUAAUACGAUACUAAAUUUAUUGAAUUUUUCGUGUCUGAAUGCGUAUUACAUAAACACAAUAAUAUACCUAAUAUUUUGUCGUAUACAACCUUGAUUAGCAUUGACCUACUAAACGUUAUACGUGCCUGCCCGGCGUGUUCGCUGUACAGCACCAAUAUAAUAAUAAUAGUAUAAUAUUAUUUAUUUCAUUUCUUUCGGUCGUUUUUAUGUUGGCGGUCAUCUGGUAUAACAAAAUAAUAAUAUAUUAUGCACGUAUAUCUAUACGUAGGCACAGCUGUGGCGAAACGAACGCAAUCUCUGAAUAGAAGCGGUUGCUUCUCGAAAACUUUUAAGAUUUAUUGAUGAGUGGACGUGUUAAAUAUAUGACCAUAUCUGAAAUUAUAGUAUCUACCCGUUUACUAUACUAAUUUGUAUAGGUUUCUUCAGAGAGUUGUUUCAGGUUCGUUUCGCCACUGCCUGUAUACUUAUGUAUAAAUAUUAAGUAUUUAUAGGUACGCAGUAACGUAGUAGUCAUGUCAAUAUUCGGUACACCUAGGCAAAAUCCGUUAACUGUUGGAGAAAGAAAUAGUGGUCAUUUACCGAAAAAAAAAUGUUCUCCCUCCAUUUAAAUAUACUUUAUGUAUUUCAGCUUAAUGCGCUCACCAAAAAUAGGUUUACAUAUUUUCGUGGUGUUUGAAUUAUAUACUUAAUUUUAGUACCUCGAGAAGAUACUACUAUCAUAGGCCCAUAAAUAAAAUUUCAAAAGAAGGGAUAAAAAUUAACACCUUUGACUUAUAUUACCUAUACUGUUCAACUUGUAUGCAUCUGAUCAGCCCACAACAUAAAUUAACAUAACAUAACUUUUGUUGUCGGAUAUGCAUGUGAUAAAAAUCACUAACCUUUUGUCUCUUACUUAACCCUUCGCAAAAACCUUAGUACAAAAACAAAUUAAGAAGAAACUUUUAUGUGUUAUAAAAGAUUGUUUUUUUUAAAAAAAAAAAAAAACUUGAAAGCCUUUAAAAACCACUCAUACAUGCCUUUCAUACUCUACAAUCUUCGGUGUAGACUUAAACUAAAAUGGUGUCGUAACAUUUUGAUUUAAAUAUAUUCGUAAUCAUGUAACCCCAAUUUGCAUCCCCCCCCCCAAUCGCACAUAAUUAUUGUUCAUUAAUUGUAUAGAUUAUUUAUUUUCUUAUUGUAAUGAAAAUAAUUAUACAUUUCAUUUUAAAAGAUAAAAGUCGUGAAAAUCGAAAGGAAAGUAAAGAAAUCGAAAAAAUCUACCUUUAAUAUUACUCUCGUAUUAUUUAUUUUCUGGGCGUAUAAUAUGAACAAAAGAUAUUUGAAACAUAUUUUUUUUCGUAGUUUAACAUUUUUUUCCACACUCAAAGGUCACAUAGAUUAAUAGAAAUACUGAAUUAAGACAAGACUAAACAUUAGAUUGAGGUAAAUGCUCUAAUUGCAUAAUUUCUUCUCACCAGGUGAUAUCACUAUAUAUAACUGCAAUACAGUAAUCACUGCUCAUUAAGAUAUUGAACGCAAAAUAUUUUAUAUUUUUCAAACGAUUGUUAUUGAUCGAUAAAUAUUUAUUGACUAGGUAUUGACAACUGGAUUAUAAUAUAUAAUUAUUCCUAUAAUAAUUAUAUAUUUUACACACUUUUUUACAAUAUUGUAUAAACACAUAUCAUAUUAUAAUAUUGAAAUAAAUCAAAAUAAAAAAAAAAAGGUAAUUAAACUAUUGUAAUUUUCACCAAUCUGUUUUAAAUAAACAGGGUAAACUAUAAUAAUUAUGGCCUAUAUCUACUUACUGAAAAAAACAAAUCGUUCUUAAAAUACAUAUAUUAUUUACCAAGUUUACCGUAAUUUUAAUGUCUCGCAAAUAACACCUACAAUAUUUUUAUGCUCAAUAUUUGUUUAUUGAUAUCAAUUAUUUCAGCCAAUAGAAUUUUUUUUUCAAUAAAUCAGAUUAAAUAUGAGUACAUGGGUCUUGGCUAAAAUAGCGAAUUUUAAAAUAAUCGAUCAUACAUAACAGUGAAACUAUUAUAUAUAAAUUACAAAUUUGAAUACUAAUAUGAUAAUGAGAACUUUGUAAAAGAUGUAGCAAAUAAUUUGUCACUAAGUAUCGAAAAUAUUAAUACCUAAAUAAUAAAAUACCUAUAAUGAACCUAACGAUAUUAUGAUUAUAAUUUUAAAAAAUAUACUAUAUUUUCGCUCUUUUUUAAAAUUCGGUAUUAUUACUGUGAGAUUUUCACUCACGGUUAUUUUUUGUUAUUUUGGCGGGAUACCGACUGUACAUAUUACAGUAAUUUUAAAAAUCAUUUUUGUGACCCUUGACGUACUUACAAUUACUUCCGCGUAAUUUUUUUUUUUCUAUCAGCAAUUACUUGUAGUAUUAAUGAACAAAAAAAUUACCUAUACCUGUGAAAUAAUUUAAAACUACUUUUUUUGAAUAUUAAUUAUCAUCAGUCCAAAAAUCACAUAAUGUCGUUAAUCAAUUUGUACAGUGAUAAUUUGGAUGUAGGUUUUUUUUCUCCCAAACCUGUUUUAAGGUAUUAACCUUCGUCAUCGCAUAGAUAAAUGGUUUUAUUCGAUUCCCAUUUUUAUAUAAACACAAAAAUAGAGAUAUAUUUCAUAAUACUAUGCCAUUCACACUUUAUUAUACAUAAUAUUUUUGAACGCACUCUAAAUUCAUAUAAAUUCAUAAACAUUUCAAAAACAUGUUUGAAAAAUAUAUUUUACUCAUUUCAAGUACUUAAUAUAUUGUAUAUAUCUACCUAUAGGUAGUAAUGUUAUAAAUAUUACGAUUGCACAGUUCUACUUUUUAUAUAAUGGGGACGUGUGCAGCCACCGUUAUAGAUAAUUUAAUGUAUACCUGUAAGCAAAGAUAAACCAUUGCUUACGAAAAAACAAUUCUGAGCGGAGUUCAGUUGAUGCUUUGUCAACAAUAUUAUAGUAAAAUAAUUGAAUAGGCUCUCUAUAUUUAAUAAUAUUUGUUUAAUGUUGUACCGAUUUUUCCAGUUUUUCUACGUUUUUUCCGGUUUUUCCAUGUUUUAUCUCAGGUUUUCACAUUUGCCUGGAAAUCUCCUGAGAAAAUCGAAAAAUGACAAAAAAAAAAAAACACCUUUGUAAAACCAUAAGCUUCUUCACUCCACUCAGAAUCUAAAAUUAUCAAUAUUUUACUUUUCUCAAAAUUAUAAUAUUAAUUAUAUCAUGAUAAAUGAUAAUAUAUUAUACUAUAUUAAUCCGAAUCUUCAACUAAAUAUAUUCAUGUAAUAUAAAUAAUAAUAAUAUUAUAUUUAUUAUUACAAUGAUUUUGUUUUACUCGAUAUGUCACACUGACGAAUUAGCAUGUUGCGGAAGGAUGAAAUUUUGUAGUGUUCACGAAGUUAAUAUAAAAGAUGUGCCUAACUCCAGCGGCCUAGCUCCUACCAUCUCUAUGCUCAAAUUUUGCCAUUUUUUUCUUGAGUAGUUUUGGUUUAUAGUGUAAUAUAGUAUCCUACUAUUAUAGUAAUAUUAUUUAUUGUGUUACAAAGAAUAUUUCUAUAAUACAAGAUAUAGGUGAGAAAAAAUUCAACUUUAGUGCUUAAAGCUGUUUUUUAUUUCGUUUAGAAACGAAAUAAAUAUUUGGAACUGUUACGUAUUCAAACAGGUAUCUUACUAUUUAUAUAUUAUAUCAAAUGUAUACCUGAUUCACGGUACUAUAUACAGGAUGAUUAACAUAACGUGUAUCACUCACAAUCUCAAAAAGAAUGAUUUUUUUUUUUUUAAUUUGUUGUUUAGAAAAUUUAAGAAACAAACAGCUCUAAAAUAUUAUAUAAGCGUUAGUUUCUGUCGCCCUUAAAUUCAGAGGUAAAAAUAUUACUAUCCAUCAUCACUUUGAUUUUAAAACAGCAAUCUAUAUUAAAAAUUCCACAAAAAGUUUUAAUUUAAAUUCAUUUUGGUGUUGAUAUGUUUAAUUUUCGUCGACCCGUUUACGGGACAUUCCACUUUUAAAUUAACCGGUUUAUGAGUGGGGGGGGGAUAAUAGUGGAACACUAUUCAAACGUCACGCAAUGCGCUACCACACAAAUUAUGUCACACUACUUCUACUUUGACUUAAAAGUAGAAUAUCUCGUCAACCGAUUGAUAAAAAUUCAAAAGAACACUUAUUUCUUAAAUGUUCUUGAAAAAAAAUUCCCGGAAAAAAAAAAAAAAAAUCUUUACGAAAUAAUUCGUGUCUUAAAGUUUUAUCGAUCACCCUGUACAUAUGAGGUAGCAACAUAAUAAUAAAUAUAUAAUAAUUAUUGUAUACAUAUAUAUAUAUGUAUAUACAUAUAGUAUAAAGUCUGUACACGAUUAUUACAUGAUCACCGUUCAUAUGCUUACUUAAAUGUUAAAUGUGAACGAACUAUAUAUAUGUAUAUAUAUUUUUUUUUAAUAGAUGACCCACUUAAUUAAUAAUAAUAAAAAAAAAAAAAAAACCGCUACAAUCAAAUAAUAAUGCGUAUUUCUGGUUAGUUAGGUACUCUAUACUGGCUACAUACCUACACGCUUAGGUGUAUCUAUGCAAUAGAUAUUAAUUUUAAUACAUUUUUAUAUAUAUUUGAACACCUUUCGUUUAGCGAAUUCGUUUGCUGGUUUGCAAAAAUAAUUAUUAUACUACUACUGUAACGAUUAUGAAAUCGGGUACCUAAUUAUAUUAUUAUUAAUCGACUAUACCAUUACUGAAGCGUACAAUAUAACUGGUGUAUGAGAACUAAUAUUCUCACACACACACACACACAGAUAUUAUUAUCUAGGUAGUCGUUAUCCAAGGAAACGUUUUUAAUACAUAUAUACUUAAUGACAUCAACUUAUUUGUAAACGUUCAAAAUAUCGAUCUAAUCUAAAAAUUAUAUUAUAAACACCAGUAUAAUAUACCUGUAUAGUGUAUGUACCCAUUAACUUUUUUUUAACUAAUACAAUUAUAAAAUGUAUGCGUAUUAUAGGUAACCUACCUACCUGUUUAAAAUAAUAAUAGAUCGAUCGGAUAGUUUCAUAAUUGCUCGUAAUUGCAUAUUAUUCUGAAUAUUAUGCAACUCUGCAUUCUACAUAAUUUAUACACAACACAAUGUUGUACGUUUGUACACAAAUGCAUUAUUUUUGACGUUGAUACAACUUUGAAACGUAAUAAAGAUUAAAUCGAAAUCAAUAAUAUUUAGUUAUUGGAUACUUAAAUACUAUUGGAAGUAAAACCAAAUAUACAUUUUUAUUGAGGAUAAUAUACGAUUUUAUAGUGGGUAGGUAUAAAUAUAUAAUAGUAUACCGAACAUAACGUAAUAUACAAAACAAACAAAAUAAGCCAAUACUGGGGACGGAUGUGCCUCUGUAGUUGAGAAAUCGGAAAGAUAUUGGAUACAAACAACGAUAUUGCUAUCGAAAAACGAUUCUGAGCCAAGUUCGGUUAUACAUGUUCUGAAUACCGUAAUUUCUACAGUUUUCACAUUUUUAACAAACUGAAUUUCGAGUGAAAUUAUUUUUUUUAUUGCCCAUAUUUCAAACGUUUAGUUUUAGAACUGCAGUGCAUAUAAUAUAUUCGUAUUUUCGAAUUUGUAACUGUAUGUUUUGCCAGAUUUUAGUACAUAAGUGCUUGCUUAUUUAUUCGGGUUUUUUAGAGUACAAACUUAGAAGUCCUUAUUAUAAAUAAUGAAUAGUAAACUUGUAUAGUUAUAUCGUUAUCUUAAUUAGUUGUAGCAGUGGCGGCUACCCUAGAGUCAAGAAGGUAUUCAAGCAUUUCCACACGUGUGGAGUGAUAGCUCAUGGGUACCUUUGUAGAUCAUGUCGUAGUUAAAAGCUAGAGGAUAUUAUGCUAAUCAGUUGUUACGAUGUAUCAUUAACUUUAGAUGAAAUUCUGCAUUAAGAGAAAUAUUAAUCUAGUUCCUUUUCUUAGUCAACAUAACAUUUUAACACACAAUAAAUUUAAACUUCUUUGGUGCCGUAAAUUAAUAAUUAUAUUAGUAUCUUAUACCUACACACGUAUAUAUGAUACAAAUUAAAAUUAAAUAAUAAUUGUAUUUUAUUUCGAUUAUUUCAGAGGAAAAAAAGGUACUUAAAGGCGUUUCCGGACGCUUCAACUGCGGUGAAUUAACUGCAAUUAUGGGCCCAUCCGGUGCCGGAAAAUCAACACUCCUCAAUAUUCUUACCGGAUUUCAGUAAGUACAUAUUUCUUUAUACGCCAAACGUUAUACAUUUUUACGAACAUGUAUAAUGUACUCGUGUAUUUUGAACUCAUAUUAUAUAAUACACAUAAACAGGCUGUCCCACUAUGUUAUCUAGAGAAUAAAUCACAAUAACAUCGAUUUUCACACGGAUUAGUAGUAUUUAAAAUGGCUGUUACUUAGAAAUUAUUUAUAAAUGUGUGAUACAUUAAAAUUUUUCGAAAAUAAUAAAAUAAAGUUAAUUUUUUAAUUUUUGUUAAUAAAAAAAAAAAAAAAAUUAAUUCAAAUAUAAAUAUUUGUAAUCCUCUCCCUGUGAGUAAUAUAAAAAAACAAAAAAACAGAAUUUGACUAUUUUUAUUAUCUCCGGAGAUAUUCAAGGGGUAUAUCUUCGUGGGACAACCUGUAUACACGUAUUAUACUUUAUUCAAUUAAAUGGUAUUUAUUAUUAUUUAUAAUUAGUACUUCUGAAUAGUUUAUAUUAUCGGAGGUUUAAAAUUGUUCAGAUGAACUAUUAAAUAUUUUUUCCACAAUCAAAUACUUUUAUUCGGAAAACCUAUCGAAUAUUUCAAAGAACAUUUCGAAUAGUUCUAAUUGCAAAUUCCAUUAUGUCAGGUGACUGUUUUCCGUCUAUAUAUAAUAUAACGACUUAACUUUGAACACGUUUUUAGCCGAUUUCAGUGACGCACGGUUUUACACUCUGUCAGUUCUUAUGUUUAUUUUAACGAUUUAGGUACUAUACAUAAUAGUACAUAUAGCUGUAUUUAUUUACUUAUUAUUUCUUUAUUUAUUCAUCACUUCAUAGUUCAUAGUUCAUCAUUAAAAACGCGUGUCAUAUCAAGUCUCGAGUUUUUGUAUGCGAAUUUAUCGACUUCCUGAAUGUCUUGCACGCACCAUCUCGAGUUUUUAAACUUCAGAGUACCAUUGUAAAUUGCGGAGAAUACACAAAACAAUAAAUUAUAUUACCUUUGAAUAAUUUGUUCACUUAAUAAUCAAGGUUGUAAAAUUUAAGGUUGUAAAAAUGACCAUAUUUGACUCAUAUAUUGUUAUAGCUUCGGUAAACUUUAUUGACUAAUUAUAUGAAACAAAAAUACCGAUAGAAUAAUUUACAUUUUCUACGCUGUACUUGCCGAUAGAUUUGUAUUUUAAUUAGACAUAAAAACGUAAUUCUCAUGAUCUGAGUAAUAAUAUGAAGACGAAUUAAAUUUAAUCAGUACAACAUUGUAAUAUAAUAUGAUUUAUAAUUAUAAUCUACAUUUAUUAACAUUUUUAAUUAAUACAAAUACGUAAAUAAAAAUUAAUUCUUGCAUUAUACCACGCCGUUUCGCAGAUAUAAAACGCUCUGCUAAAGCCACAGACCGCGCAUCAUACAUAUUUAUAUUAUUUUUUAAAUUUUUAUUUCGUAAUAGCUUUUUAUUUAUACGGUAUGUUUAAAAGAAAACCCAUUAAAACGGAAUUAUACAUAUAAUACGAAUUAUAACCUAUCCUAACUUAACCUUCUACUUAUACGUAUGUACUUGAUAACUCAUAAUAAUAAUAUUAUCAUUAUAUGAUAUUGACCUAAAAAUAAUAUAAGACCGUAAAAUAUAGGUAAUAUCUAAUAAUAAUACACUGAACACAAAAAUGAACAUAAAAAAUACGUAACUCAGUAUUAUUGCUGCAGGAUUGGAAAAUACCGACAAAAUAUAAUAUAAUAUUAGUGUCUUGCGGUGGUAUUCAUAAUAAUAUUAUAUAGAUAACCUACAUUUUAAUUUUUAAUAUUAUCACCAGUAUAGAUUAUGACUUGUGGUUACUAUAAUAUUUUUGCCUUGUCCUAAAUUAAAAUUAUGCAUAUUAUUGUACAGAUUUCGAUUUUUUUUUAAAACAUUUUUUUAUGCAUACGAAUAAAAUAAAAUAUCGUGUUUAACAUACCAUAUUAAAGCAACGAUAAUCUUAAUGUCUAAAAUAUAUUUCGUUUUAUAAAUUGUCGUACACAUUAUUUAUAGGCAUAAAUCACUAAUAUACAGCUAUUAGUGUUUUAUUACUCUAGUUAUUCUAUUAAAGAAACCUGCAGUAACAAGAUCUAUCCUCGACCAAGCUCUCUGACCUGAACUCCUCUAUACAUGAUAUAUUAUUAUUAUGUAUAAAACCGUGACUAAUGUAUUAAAUAUGUUUAAUUGAUAAGCCGUUUCGUGGUAUAAAUCGCUCUACGACAGCCACAAUCUGCGCAUCAUACAUAUUAAUGAUAUUAUUUUUAAAUUCUAAGUGGAGCGUGGAAUGUAUCGGUUUUACAGGAAAGCUUAUUAUUUAUUUUUGUUUUCCGUUAACAACUUUUCUACCAAAAAUUGUUUUUAUUAUAAUUUCAUAAUGGCUUUUCUGUGUAAGACGUGUUUAAAAGGAAAACCAUUAAAACGGAACUCUACACAAUACGAAUUAUGACCUAUCCUAAUUUCACCUUUUACCUAUACAUACAUAUACUUUAUUACCUACUCAUAGUAAUAUUUUUACUGACCUAUUAGUAUACAAUGUAAAUAAAAUAAAAAUAAAAAUAUAUAAAUUGUAUAUUUGGAUUAAUAUAGGUGCAAUAUUAUUUUUGUAUUCGUUUCGGUUUUCGCGUUAUCUGGACGGUGACCAGGGCGAAUAAUAUUCAUAGUAAAAUUUGUAACACGACGAACAUUUUUUUUAUUCUUUUAAAUAUUUUAAAGACAUUAUUUUCCUAAUUCAAUUAAUUAAUUAUAAACUACCUCUAUUUUCGAUGUUCUGGAUUUUCGGUUUCGGAUUGGUGAAUUCGCUCAUUUCGAUUUCGCUGUGAUUUUCGUCUCUCUAAAAUUCCUACGUAUACAAAUCCGAACUCGGCAACUAUUAUAGGUAUUACAAUAGUCAGUAAACGUAUAAACACGAUAUUUGAAACGAUUCGGAAUGACGAAAUAACGUAGGUAUAUUAGAACUUAUAAGUAUAUAAUUUCUACGACAACCAAAGAUUUAUACCAUUAGGUAUAUACCUAAUAAUCAGACAAUAGAUCUUUGCAAUUUUUAAAAUUACAGAAUAAUAACCUAAAGUACCUAUAGUGCGUAUAAUAAUAAUCGUGUUUAUGUAGAAUUACUCGAACCUACCAAUGAAUUUGGAUUAAUCGAAUAUGUAUGUAUAGUUGAUUCUAUCAACUAUACCUAUAAGUAUAUAUAAUUAACAUAGGAAAAAAUCUAUACUUACAUUUACAUGUUGUUUUUUUCGUUUUUCUUUAUAAUCAAGCAUUUGUUCGGUUUCUUUUACGAUAAAUUACUUCUUCAAUAUUAUUUAAAAAAAAAAAAAACGUCAUCAUUAAAAUAUGAUUAUAGUUAUCUAUUAUAUUAUAUUAUGAAAUAUGCAUAUUGCAUAUAAUAUAAUAUUAUAUUUAAUUGCAGUGUGUGUAUGCAAUUAUUCCGUGUUUUGAAAAACAUAUUGUUUUACAACCCACAAAUGUAUAACAAUUAUUUGUUGCGAAAUGUACGAAUUUUCAAAAUGUUUAGUAACGAAAUUACAAAAUGUUUUAACUUUUAACCGCAUUAUUAUUAUCAUUAUGUAUCGCAGUUAACACUAUAAAGUUGAAUAGUAUUAUUUUGAUAGCCUCAUUUAAUAAGGCUGUUUAUCUGUUUAUUAUUAAUCAUUAUUAACUUAUAUUUUUCAAUAUUUCGAUAUCUUAUAAUAUUUAAUUCAGUUAUGACAGCAAUUUAUUCACAUUUUAUUACAAUCAUAUUAUACGAGUUCAUAAUAUUAUUUUAUUAUUUUUCUCUACCGAAUUAAAUACCAGGUAUAUUACUAUAAUACCUAAUUAAAAACCGUUUCAUUAAUAAAAUUAUGAUUUUUUUACUAUAGACAAUUGAUAUGAUUACUAAUUUUUGUGUAUCGGCCUGUGAAAAUAAUGUGUACAAAAUAAUUUCGAUGGCCUGCAGACUGAAAAUAUAAUAAUGAAUAAAGGUUAGGUAAAUAAUAUAGGUACCUACUUCCGUGGUGUUUUGUUCUCUAUUUAACCGACAGUAGUGGGCGAUCUGAUUUCAUAAUAAUUCCACCAGUUCUAUCCUGCUGCUACUUCUGUGCUUUAAAGUUUUUUUCAGCGAAAUCUGACGAAUAUAAUCCGUUAUGACCGUUAUUUUAUUCAAUUAUACAAACUAUAUAAUAUAAAAUAUUGUAAAUUAUAUAUUGAUUAAAGCCCUUGACAUUAUAAUUGUUAUUAUUACUAUACAUCUUAAAAAGUAGUUGACUUUACGGUCAAUAUCAAUACAUUCGAUAUUUACAUAUUUUUAAUCGUAACAAAAUAUCAAUUUGUUUAAAUAUUCAUAGAUACACCCAGUUUUUUUUUUUUUGAACUUCCGAAGGUUAAACACAUCAACAAGUUUUAAAUGUGUAUAUAUUUUAAUAAUUUUUUAUAAGUACAGCCUAAAGGGUGAUUUUAUUUAUCAGAUUUACGUGGAAUAUUUUAAAUGAAUAUUAUAAUAACUACGAACAACAUAAUAAUAAUAAUUAUAAAAUAAUCUCUAAUUAUAAAAAUCUUCCUUUUGAAAAAAAAAAAACGUAAAAUACAUUAAUAUUUCUUGAUCUUGAAGUUUAUUUAUUUAUAUCAAUAAGUAAUUUUAAGUAUAAUAUUUUAUUAUUCAAUAAGUACGUAGUAUAAUUUUCUGUUUGUAAAUGUUCAACAUCGAAUGUAUAUUUGGGUUCAUAUCAUUCCGUUAUAGCUUUCACCUCACGAAAUCCAUAAUAAUACAUUACUAGGAAAACUAUCGUUUUUUAUUUUCUUGCAUACAUCCCUUCACAACGGUAAUUUGUUAUAUUGUUAUAGCAACUAUCGUUGAAUUUUCGAGCGAGACCAUUUUCGGCCAUUCCACAAUAACCGUUUUCGGCCAGUACACUAUUUUUUUCACCAAUUUAAAAUUGCAGGGGCAAUAGGGACGACCGUCUCUUCUGGAUCUGUAUUUAUGUAACUUUUUAUUAGGGUUGUAGUAGAACUAUUUGAUGUUUAUCUGUAUGCAACAAUUCAUUAAUAAUUAAAAACGAUUCUAAAUGGAGUUCGGUUAUACAAAUUUUAAAAGGCCGUAAUAUUUAUGAUUUUGUCAAAAUUUGAUUUUGAAAAAAAAAACACUACAUCAAACUCAACUUUUUCUUAUUGAUCACUAAGUACAACUUAUAAUGAACCUUCUGUUAAAUUUUUAAACAUUUCUGUUUGGUCUAACAAUUUUAUCCAUUGAGUACUUACCGAAUACAAAUUACGUAAAAAUUAAAAUUAAAAUGUUUAUAAAAAAUAUCAACCCAAUAAUUACAGUAUUAUUAUUAUUAUUAUUUAUCAGAAAAUACCGCAGUCAAAAUGUACAAGAGUUCCAAACUAUACUUAUACUGUCAAACUCUGUAAUGAAAAGUAUUAAUUUAUUACUACGACUGUAUUUACUAUUUACGAGUAUUGGUAGAUACUUUCUUUUUUUUUCUAUAUACUAAUGACAAAUUUUAAAAGUUUUUUUUUUUAAUGAAACGACGUCCGAAAACUAAAAUACAAAAAUCCAGAUUCAAAUUUACUUAAAAUAAUCGUAAAUAAUCUGGGGGAAGGGAGCUCACGGUACGAAAAAAACAUGCUGUGUUAUAUUCAUAAUAUAUUUUACUGUUUUACAAGCGCUUACUAGAUUAUUAGUCUUUUAAUUAAUAUUUUCUAUCAUAUUAGAUAGUCAUUAAUGCAUAUUAUAAUAAUAUUAUGCAGCAUUCAAUUUCCAUUGCUUGCUGAAUAUAUUAUAUAUUUCAAUAUCAAGGAAUACCUACUAUAUAAUAAUUAUGUUUCAUGGUUAACGAAUUGGUCGAUAAUUAUUUCUUAUUAUUGAUAUUCAAUGCGAAGUUUGCAUUGAAUUUGCCUAAAGGCAAGAUUUCGAAAUACGAUUGAAAUAAUUUAUAAAAAUGAUUGAAGUUAUAUAUUAACUUAGUUAUUAUAUACCAACGUCUAGACGAAAAUAUAGGUGUUUUAUACUGUUCAAUUACAUUCAAAGUUGACUUUAAAUUCUAAUUAUACAAUAGUAUUAUACAUUAUUGUUAUAAAUUUAACAUUUCCAUGUCACAUUUCAUUUGUAUAAUAAGUUAUGGACAGUUAAUAUACGUCUUAAUUACUGAAAUCAUUACCUUAUUAUUGUACAUUUUUUAAUUGUUUAGUUGUAAACAUCAAAAAUACAAUACAUUACAUGAUAUUAGUAUACAAAUUUUCAGCUACAGUUGUUGUUUACGUUAAUUAUUAUUUGUAUUAUUGUAUAGAUGCCUACAUAAUAAUAUAUUUGUAUACUUAUUUACACAUAUUGAAUUGAUUAAUCUUAAUAAAUGUGGUUUAUUGUCUAUAUUGUAGACGCAAAGGAAUGAACGGCGAAGUGAGAACGAGCCGAGUCGACAACGAUUUGCUGUUAAAUAACGAUUUAAAAAAAAAAAACAGCUGUCACACCAUGAGCCAAAAGGAAUCCUGUUACAUAAUGCAAGACGACCAACUGUGUCCGCUUUUCACCGUAAUCGAAAUAAUGAUGAUGGCGGCCGAUCUAAAACUUGGAUACACACUUUCGUACAAAUCUAAAUUACUCGUAGUAAGUUAACAAAUUUGUAAUUUAAAACUUAGGUACUCUGUGGAAAACUUACUUAUACAUAUUAUAUAUUAUAUAAGCACAAUAAUGUACAGUAAGGUAUUUUAUAAUUUUAGCAAAUAAAUCGAUCGAGGCAAAUUUUAAACAGGAAUAUUAUAGUAUAAUAAACUAAAAACAUGUUCGUCAUCGUGUUAUAUUAUUUUAUAUGCAAAGAAUAUUAGUUUCAGAAAAAUACGCUCACCCCUCCCCUCCACCAUUCUUUCGUGUUCCUCGCGGCCAAUAAUAAAACUAUGACAAACAAACAAAUUAUACGAGCGCGUACUAAAGUACCUAGGUAUUGUAAUAUUAUAAUGAAUACUACCAUUAGGUACCUAUAGGUACAAAAAAAAAAAAAAACACAUUAUAAACGCAAACUCACACGCAAUUAUAAUUUGCUCACUUGAUGUACAAACAUGGAAUAUUUUUUUCAGUUAGUUUUUAAACGCCGUCGCUGUGGAAGAAAAUAUUAUUAUUAUUAUACUGUUUCCUUCCGCCGAGAUUUUUUUCAAAAAUUACCGAACUCCAUUGGUUAAUUCGGGCACGGUUCAUGUUAUAUAAUGCUUAUACAUUCAAUCUAAAACUGGGUAAAAUAAAAUACAUAAUACUCACUAUGGUAAUCUUCUGACAAUAAAUAAACAACAUAAAUAAAAAUAUGUAUCAGUUGGUACUAUCUUAUUGAAUCGCCAGUACCGGUUUAACUUUUAAUGUAUCUACGUAACCUAUAAAAAUAAAUCAAAUAAAAAUUCACCAACAAAAUGGUACACAUGUUAUGGGUUCUUAUUGUCUAACAAGGUUAUAUUAUAGACACUUACAUAUGUCGAGGCUACCUUGAUAUUAUACAAGUUCAUUACAUGUUUAUACAUUAUUUUUUUAUAAACAUAAUAAUCUUAGUGUAAAAUAAAAUAUUCGGUUUUUUAUUAUUUUAUAAACAACUCGAUAAUAAUUAUCUUCUAUUAUCUAUAAUGUAUCUAUAAUAAUUAUAAAUGUAUAUUACUGAAAAUCGAUUAUUCCUGCUAAAUAGAAUAUAUAUACGGUAAUACACGAGAACAAAAAAGAAUCAGAAAAUUAAUAAGUAUAUCUAAAUAUUUUGAAACAAUUAAUGUUAGUUGUAUAUUUUGAGAGUAGAUGACCUCGUGUGCUUGCUUGCAGGGAUAAAGACAAAACGGGAAGAAGACAUUAGAUAUUAUUAGUUUUAUUAAAAAAAAAAAAUUGUAUUACGAUCAAUAAUGCCAUUAUAUUCUUAUUGUAUUGCAAAUUAUAUGUAGUGAUUGCUUAUGUAUAUGUACAAUAUACAUAAUUUCUUAUAUAUAUUCUUUAAGUAUCCGCUGAAUUCGGUUAUCGUCUUUUUUUAUACUAUAUCGUAUAUCCUUUUGAAUAUCAGGUCGAACUCCCCAAGUUCAAAUAAUUACAAUAUAAUUACAACAAUCUUUAUUCAUAGUUUUGUCACCGAGACUACGUAAUUUAUCAUAACAUACAAUAACAUUUAUUUAUAGCGAGACACCGUUCGUACCAAUACGCUAAAAUGAUUUUUAACUACCUUGUUUCUUUCGGGUUUUGAAUUUUUUUUGUCUACGCACAAGCGUCAAUCACGAAACAUGUCCGCGUCCGCGCCAUGGAAAACAAACACGUCAUUAUAUUUGUUUCAGUUUUAAAUUUGUCUAUUAUUUUAUUAUACGUAUAUGGGCCCUUAAUAAUUUGAUUUCCCUACACACACGCGAACAUUAUAAAUAUGCACCAAAUAUUUAUUAUAUUAUAUUGUAUACGUACACAAUUCAAUAUAAUUAUUAUCACGUAUUUUAACUGACAUUAUUGUUCUCCUUGGGUUAUGUCUAGAUCGAGGACAUUCUUGACAGCAUCGGACUCUCCGGCAGCCUUCACACCAGAUGUGGUAGACUGUCCGGUGGACAGAAGAAACGAUUGUCCAUCGCCCUGGAACUCAUUGACAAUCCUCCGAUCAUGUUUCUCGACGAACCCACCACGUGAGUUAUACAUUUUACACAAAAUGCCUAAAACGAUAAAAACUUGUCAGGAAAUAGUUGAAGAGUUAAAAUGUACGUUAUAAUUUAAUGUUUGGUUAAAUUUUAAAUUGACCUAGUUAACAAAAAUUAGAUCGUUAAAAAAUAACACAAUUAUUUUUCUAAAAUUUAAGUUGUUUACGAAUUUGUUGUGUAAAAAAAAAAUAUUAUUAUUAUUAUUUUUUUUUUUAUGUCAAAUUAAUUUUAACUAGUUAGGUAAACAAAUUUGUUAACCUGCCCAACUUUGAAAAUAAAUAUAAUUUAAUAUUGUUAUAAUAUUUAAUAUGAUAUACGAUAUAUAUAAUACGAUAUAAUUCGCAUUAGUCAAAUAACUGAAUAGUUGCCUUUAGACUUUACAGACAUUAUCACAUUUAUUUUACAAAAAUAUAAUAUUUUCAAAGACGUUUCGUUACCUCUUAUACCAAUUACUAUAAAACUGAAACCGGUUGUAUUAAUAUUGUUUAUGUUAUUUGGACAUUACGUUCCACAUGCUACACUACAUGAAAAAUAUGACUUUAGCAUAAUUUAACGUAAUAUCUUGAAAAAACAUUAUAUUUAUCUUUCCCAAGCCUACACAUUGUAAUGAAUAAUGUAAAUAGAUUUUUACAAGUUCGAAACAAUGUAAAUUAUAUAUAAUUAUAAAAUAUGAUAACAUAAUGACUCGCAGUUUUGAUUACUACCACGGCAUAAUAUUAUUAAUAAUUACGAGCGUAUCCAUGUAUAGGUAGGAAUAUCAAUACUCGUUUUUCAACUUGAUUAUCUGCAAAAAUCACAGGAUAGAUAUUUUAAAUUAGUAAAUUUUAAUUAAACAGAAAAAAUACGCAACACAAUGUACAAUAAGACCUUGUUUCGAACGUUCAUCUCGGUUACGCUCAAGUCGUUGCAAAUCUGCUACAGUCAUGUGCAGUUAUUAAUAGUCGUUAAUUAUUACUAUCGUAUACUAUCGCAUAAUAACCGGUAGUCUUGCUAUUAUACGUCUUUACUUUCUUAGAUUUUUGUAAUUUUAAAAGAAAUUCGAAAAAUACCCCAAUUAAACAUUCUGUAGUAACGUCUGUAAUGAUCUACAGUCUUAAAUUGUCUAGUUCUACAUCAAAAAAUGCUUUAUACCAAGAAACGUUAGUAACGUUAAGGGGUUGGGUUAAGUUAUAGGUUACAAUUCAUCCAAAAAUAAGAAACGACAGUACUAUAUGCAGUUUAUAAUUACUAUUAUAUAAUUUCUACCUACCAAUAAUACUAUUGAACUGAAAAAAAUCAUUAUUUCAUUGUUCAAUUUAUUAUAUUGUCCAAUAACAAUUAUUUUAUAAACAUAUGUUUUUUUUUCUACAAAUUAAUAAUUAGGAGGAAAAAUAAUUUUUAACAUUUUUUACAAAAAAAAUUAUAUACCUAGAUUCGUCGCAUUUUCUUCCCGUGGUAUUAGACAAGUUUUUUAAUCAUUUUUAUCAUGAGAAUAUAUUGUUUUAAGAAGAUUAUAAUAAAAUUCAAUUUACUAUAGAUCAUAUGAAAUGAUCUCUGAAGUGAUUUCGUUAAAAUAUUGCAGGGCGAUUCCGUAAAUCUUAUAUACUCGUAUAGGAUAAAUUAAAAAUAAUGCUAGAGUUAAACGUUUUUAGUAACUAAAAGAAAAUACGAGUAAUAACUAAUAAAUUAUAAUGGAGAAUUAGAAUUGUAGGUCGACGAUUAUAUGACAUAAGCGCCAAAGGUGUAAACAUUACAUAUUAUCUGCGCCAAAAUUAAUAGAAUAUAGGUGCCAAUAUGUAUUUAUCUAUUUAUUGAGAUAACGGGCUGGAGCCCAAUUUACAAAAAUGUCAUAACAAAAUGAUCACAAUUAUGAUACAUAGAUAGAGUACAAUUAAAUUAAGAACAACAAAAACGUUCAGUAUUAGUUUAAGACUAAGUUACAGUAAGGUUAAUUAGUAGCUAGGGCAAGCUCAAAAAAUAAUGUAAGGUAUGCUACAACAAAAAUUUAAAACCAGAAAUAACAAAAUUAACCUAAAGAAGGAAUAAUGGCUACACGCAUCAUCCUGGUGUGAGACUCGUUUCUCAAAUAGUUGGUUGGUUAACGUAGAGUAACAAAAAAAUUGUAAUUUCGAGUUGAUACCUUAAAAUUUAAAACUGCAAGGAGGAAGGAAAGGAGAUUCAACUGAACCAGAAAAAAUGUUUUGGAGAAAAGAUUUAAUUAUUAAGAUGGUGACGACGAUCGGCUAAGGUAGUGAAAUUUAGAAAACGGAAGACAGGGGUGUAGGUAAUCAUGAGGUACACAAUUAAUAUUAACAGUAUACUUUACGAACUAUUAAUAUAAAAUAAAAAAAUAUACCCAAUAUAAUAUGACAAAAACGCUCAAGAUAUAAAAAAGAAAUAUUAUUUACACCAGUUAUAAUAUUUUAUAUAUUUAAUAUCAUCAAUAAUCAAUAAUAAUUAAAAUAAUAAUAUGUGAACAAAUAAAUAAUAAUAACUGAAUUUUUAACUCAAAUUGUCUUCGGUUUUUCAAAGUAAAUAAAAUUGUUCUUUUAAAUACCGAUGAUAUGAUUCAGUUGCAUUUGUAGUUCGUAUAAUAUCAUUAUCCAGAAUUGCUGCCCGAAUUUCUGAAUAAAAUAAACAAAAAUAGAUGUACGUCUCUAAAAUGUAAUCAGUAAAUUUGUAAAUUGUUUGAUCUUCAGGUGCGAUUAACAUUAAAUUUUCAAAAAGCAUCAAAAACUUCUAUGCACGUAAUAAAAGUUAGACCAAAAAAAGACUUCAAAUAUAUCUCUAAUUUAGAGUUCUUCGUGUAUUCAUUUCGAAGACCCAAACUUGAACAAUAUAGUUCAAAAUGUAAUAUCUGAAGUACACAGGUAGUAGGUACUACCUAGAAUUUUGGCGCUUUUUUUUACGAUACGAUUUUUUUUUUUUCUUAUCUCGUUUUGGCGCUAAUGUCUUCCACUGAGGCCAACCUACUGGUUGAACAUAAAAAAAAGCCAUAAAAUAUUGUAUAAAGAACUGUGAAGAUGACUUUGUUUUUCAAUUCUUAAACCGCUGUUGACUGAAUUGUCUACACUUCCUUUUUUUCGUACUGUUUUUCUGCAGCGGUUUGGACAGUACGAGUUCACACCAGUGCGUUUCGAUCCUGAAAGCUUUGGCCAGGGGCGGCCGAACGGUGGUUUGCACCAUACACCAGCCGAGCGCCAGCACGUUUGAGAUGUUCGACCACGUGUACAUCAUGGCCGAAGGAUACUGCGUGUACCAGGGUUCCAGUCUUAACACCAUUCCUUACAUGCAAACGAUAGGUCUGAACUGUCCGCAAUACCACAACCCGGCAGAUUUCAGUAAGUACUAAUACAACAACCGUGCAUAAAAAUUAUGUCCACUAGACCGAGCCAAUUUAUCAUUACCCAAUUAGCCACAACUUUUGUUAUGGGGAGCCGAUUUUUAUAAAUAUAUCGUAACUAUAGCUGCCCCGUUCGGCAUUGUCCGUUCUAAAAGAAAUAAUAUUCAUUUUUUGAUUGGUUCGUUUUAACUUUUUUUUAUUUUACUUUAUCCUUGACAUUAAGGUAACCCGUUAAAAAAAAAAGAAAAAAAAUUAAAUUUUCGUACCAAAAAUACCAAUUACCCUGUGCCAGCCCAUCUUUAGAGGUUGAAUUCGGAAAAAAGAAGAAUAUAAUAUACUAUUCCUAGUCUAGAACUACAUCUAUGCAAAGUUUCGUAUUUGUAAUAUUAGUAGGAUUGUAUUACUUUAUUUAUAAUUUGAAUAGAUUUACUAAAAUGUCUUUGUCUCGACUCCUCGAGAACGGUUUUUAAUUUCGACAUAUUGUUGAAAAAUGUCUUUCAACGGUUGUAGUCGUAACUGCUGCCUGCAGCUACUUAUAGUAAAUAUAUAUUACGUAAUAUUUCAAAAUAAAUAAUAGAAUAAUAUUUAUAAUUAUUGAAAAUUCAUCUUUAUAACACUUUUUAAAGACUCAUUUUUUUGAAAUAUUAUGAGAAGAAUUUAAACAAAAUAGUUUCUCUUUACUACUUAAUCCGCUGUCUCCAUAUUCGUCUAAUAUAAUUGACAGAUUAUGUACAUAUAUCUUCAGUAAUAUGCAUGAAAUGUUUCAAUUGAACCUGCAAUUUAUUUCCCUAUACGAACCAUGGCUCAAGUCACCUCUUCUUUCCUAUGUAAGAUACUGCAAUACAUCUAUACCUAACCUUCGCGUAAUGUCAGGUUCGUGAUAAACCCCUUCGCGUUGUCGUCGUCGUCGUCGCCCGAGAUCUUCGCGAUUUUCUUCCCAUAUGCCACUCGAGCAGUAAUAGUGCAGUCGGUCUUCAGUGGUUACUGACCACUGGUCAAUAGGACGCACGAUGGACAAAAUGUCGUUUACCGUUGCAAGGUAAGACAAACGUCACCGGUAAUAAAUACGACGAUGCGAUAUUUUGUACGUUACAAUAAUGCCCAUCGAGUGGUUUUCGAGUGUCAGUAUUGACGUAUGCAGCGUACGUUUGCAUAAAAAAAUAACAUAAAAAUAUUCUCUUCGUAUAUUUGAUUAAUUCAAACGAAAAUGUACGCAUAAGAAUAUUAUAAUACAUUUCUAAUGUUCGAAUAGAACACAAAUCGGUGACGUUAAUAAAAUUAAAAUGACAGACAUACUUCGCACGAAUUUCUCACCUAAAAAAGUGGCCCACACACUGUUGUAAGUGAGAAAUUGAAAAGGAAGAAUAAAGGGGGAAUUUAAUUUAUUAUUAUACGCAACGAUAAACUAUUGAUAAUGAAAAACGAUUCGGAACGAAGUGACUUUUAUACAUUUUACAUAAAUAUUCCCGUUUUUCCGACCUUUUUUCCGGUUUUCCCCAAUAUUAAUGAAAACCGCUUGAAAAAAUCAAAAAAAAUAAUCUCCCAGUAUCACCCAGAUAAAAUCUCCUAUCAAACAAAGUACUACACUUGAAAAUCGGAGGAAAAUUUCUGAUAUAAAAGUUGUUCACAGAUAAAAAAUAAAAAUAAAAUCAUAACAAGUAUUAAUAGUAAUUUGGACCAAUUUUCCUUCAAUCAGUCCAAUCGAUGUAUUUCUGAAGCAGGGUUAAAAAAAAAACCAAAUGUAAACUAAAUUUAAAAAAAUUAUAUAUUAAUAUUCUAGGAUAUACUUAUUUAUAUAAAAUAUGACCAAAACCACCACGAAAAUUCAAUCAAACGUUUGUCGUUCGAUUAUUAUUUAUAUCAUCAUUCUUUAUUUUUAGAGCGUGUUUUUUAAAUUGCCAACAAACUUCCUAGCAUUUAAAGUUCAGAUUUUCUAUUUGAAAUCAACAAUCAUACGCUCUUAAGCGUGAUCGUUUUUCGUCGUGUACAAAGCAUACACCACAAUACUUAUAAUACAAUGGUUAUUUUCACUGCAGUUUAUUUGUCGUAAACAUAUGACCACAAGGCCGGUGAACGUACAAGAAAACUAAAAUACACCGCCGGGACAGUAUAUCAGCCGAUAGUCUUUAACGAAUUACAAUAUUUCUUGUAUCUAAUAAUAUCGUUAAUGCGUUCAUGAAAAACCGUUAAAUCGUUUACGAUUUCACUUUAACUAUAAUAUGAUAUUUAUAUCGAAUGUAGUUGGUAUACGUUUUUUGACCUAUAGACGUAGCCACCGGGUAACGGGUCACACAGGAGUAGGUAAUCCAAAAACGACGACCAUCCUUCAGGGAAAAAAAAUUACAUUUUAUGAUUGUAAUAAUUAAUUAUUAUAAUAGCAGCGUUAUAAUUAUUAUUUACAGUAUAGGCAGCCGGAGUCGAAGUGGUCACAAAAUAAAUUACCUAUAUAGCUGAUAGACUUGUGUACGCUCAAUGUCAAUAGGUGCACAUUAUUAUUAUACUUAAUUAUAAAUUAUUAGGUAGGAAUCUGUACAAAUGUUGAAACGUAAAGUUUGUAACAAGUACACAGUAAUAACAUGAUAGCAAUCGGCAACAUUUAUCUAGUGAUAUUCAUCGAUUUUGCUAUGAAUGUUCUUUACAUUUUGGCAAGGGGGAUUUUAAAUAUUUUAAAUUGUUAACUAAUGUAAAUUCGCAGUAUUUGAAUGGCCCAGUGAGAAAAAUGAGUGAUAGCCCAAUGUUCAAUUAAUUUUUGAAAACAAAUCGAGUAAACUCCAAUUAAAAUCUAUUAAUAUUGAAACUUUUAGGUAUCUUAGUAAAUGCAUCGAAGAGGUAUUUUUUUAAUUUUCUUUGUUAUUGUUUUUUUAACACUGGAGAAAAACGGGAUUACUUUUGUAAUGCCACUUGACAUUUUUUUAAAUUUUGAUUUUUCGUUGUAAUUUAGUUAAAUUCAACUGUAGAUGAAUUUCAUCGAUUACUUGUACAUAUUAGCAUUUUUUAGACGUGGUGCAUUUUUCGAAGUUUUUUUAAAUUAUUAGAUAAAAAAAAAUAUUGUAAUUUAGUUUCAAAUUUAAUUUAAUCAGAGUUUGAAGUUAAAAUUUAAAAUAAAAUUCAUUAUAAACACAAACGAUAAAUUUUAAUUUAUUCUGUAGGUACAAUUUAAUAUAAAAGUUUUCAAUUUAAGUUGAUCAAAACAUGUUUAACCGAACUUUGAUUAGAAUUUAAAACUGACAAAAAUUAAAAACCACGGCAUCCGCGGAACAUUUUACAAUUUUAUUAAUAUUUAUAUAACUUUUUUCUUUUACAUUGCCCCAUUUUCUCAACGUACUUGCCCACUAGGUCAAUUAGUCCCUGGCAUUAAGAAAUACAAAUAGAAUUCAAGAAUGUUUAGAUGUACUUACCUAUUAUAUGAGUUGUCAUUUAUCUAGUCAUAACAUUACUUAUUUAAAAACACGUUUCUUGUUUAUGUAAUUAUACAUAAUAUAGGUAUAAACCACUUAUAAAUUAUAAUAAAUUGUGGUAAAAUGUUUAGCUGUAUAAAAAAAAUUAAAUUUUAUUAUAGAAAUGGAAAGAAAGAAACCCCAUUAAUAUGUGUUUAAUAAAUACAUUUUUUUUUUUUUAAUAAAUACAAAUUACCUAAUUAAUUAAUUAUACAAUAAAAAUUUGCGACAAUUAACAAGAUUUUAAAUAGUUUCAAAAUUUUAUCUGAUUGAUCCAACAUUAUAAAAACAAUAAAUUCAUAAUUUUCCCUUGUUGAAUAAUUGUUAUUAAUGUAUCACCACCUUUGUUUUUGUUUUAUUAGUAAUGGAAGUAGUGACUGGAGAAUAUGGAAAUUUUACUUCUCAACUUAAAACUGCAGCAAUCGAUAAUUCGUGGCGAACACCACCUCAAAUUUCUGAUACACGUAAAAUAUUAACAUAAAAUAUAAAUUGUUAAAUAUAUUUUUCAUUUAUAUAUUGUGAUAAUCUAAUAUUAGAUAUUUUUACAUAUUGUAAAUAAUAUCUAAUUUGAUACACCAUUAUGUAAAACAAAUUUUAAUCAAUUAUUAACUAAUUUUUUUAUAUACAUAAUUACAGGUGAAUUAGUAAAAAGAAAAUCGAAAAUCCCCGGUUUAACUUCACUUGUCUUGGUCAACCAGCCUUCGGAAUUCAACAAACUAUUAGUACUCAUUCACAGAUCUUUAAUGCAAGUCUACAGAGAUUGGGUCAGUCAAUUAUUAAUGUUGUUUUCCAUAAUUUUAUAACUAUAUAAUAAUUGGACCCAUCAUUUCUUCAUUUUUGUUUUUAUGUUUCAAAUUAUUAAUUUGAACAUUAAUAUAAGGCAAUGAAUGUCAAAUAAUUAAUAAAAUAUAGCUCAAACCAUUUUUGUUAUAAUUUUAGUCGAAUGUAUUAGAAUGUACCUAAGUACUUUAUUCUUAAUAAUUAUUAUUACUUGCAUAGUACCUAUUUCAACAUAAUAUUAAUUAAAUUACUUAGCUAUGUAAUUAUUUUAAAACUAAUCAAGACAUUAAUUACAUUCAUAGUACAAAAAAAAAAAAAAAACUGUAUAAUAUGGUAGGUAUGUUCUAUUUAAUUAAAAUAUUUGUUAUUACCUAUAUCACAGAUAAAAUAAAAUAAGUACUUACAUGCUUUUGUAGUUUUACAUAAUGUGGUAAAUAAUAAUUAGUUAUUCAGUAAUAAUAGUUACACUAUGGCCUAGAAUUUAAAGUUCAAUAUGUUUUAUUCUCAAAUGCUGGACUGCAUAAACAAUAUUUUUGUUGUAAAAAACAUACCCUAAUAACAAUAACCUAUGCAUCAGUGUUAAACUGUUGGAAUAUUGGAUAAAGAACUUUUUUUUGUCACAUAAGCUAUAGGUACCUUUGAAUACAAAUUAAAUAUAAAAACUAAUUAUAAUAUUUAGAAAAAAAAAACAAUGUUUAAAGGAUUAUUGAAUUAAUAAAAUAAAAUAAAUUAAUCCUUUUUUGAACAAUACAUAUUUAGAACAAAACAUUAUAAUCGAUAUAGUCUUUAAUGAAAUUUUACAGUUUAAUUUUUUAAGCAAUCAAAAUCUAAUAAAUAACCAAUAGUAUAUUAUUAUUAUUAAAUAAUUGAUUUGUUUGUUUGUUUUGUUUUUUAGACGGUCACUCAUGUAAAAUUAUGUAUGCACUUCCUAGUUGGAAUAUUAUUGGGACUUUUAUUCGAAAAUGCUGGAACUGACGGUGGUAAAGCUUUUAACAAUAUUGGAUUCUUCAUAGUAACGCUCGUCUACUUAAGUUAUACGUCUAUUAUGCCAGCUAUUUUAAAAUGUAAGAACAUUUGCACAUUUAAAGAAAAAAUAAUGAAAACAUUAAAUUAAUAGCUUUACAAUACAUACAUUUAUUUUUUAUGUAGUCCCAUCAGAAUUACAUAUACUGAAAAAAGAAUUAUUUAAUAACUGGUACAAACUGUCUACAUAUUUCUUUGCAUUUCUCAUUACAAAUAUGCCUUUACAGGUAAGCAAAAAAUCAAUUUAGUACAAUUUUUAAAAUUAUUUCUUAAUAAUAUAUACUUUUCCACAGAUGAUGUUUUGUUUUAUUUACACAUCAAUUUCUUACUACUUAUCAGCGCAAAUGUUAACGUGGACAAGAUUUUCUAUGUUUUUGUUUGUUUGUCAAUUAAUGACAUUGAUAUCCGAAGGUAUCGGUCUUAUUCUUGGCACAGUAAUGGCCCCAGUCGUAAGUUAACAUUAUUAUAUAAAAUCCCGUGAAAAUAAUUAUUACCGUUUACUUUAUAUACCUAAAUUAUUGAUUUUAGAAUGGAGUGUUCAUUGGUUCAAUCAUCACUUGUUUGUGUAUUCUGUUUGCCGGCUUUUUGGUGCUUUUUAAUCAUAUGCAUAUUGUCAUGUACUACGUAUCUUACAUCAGUUACAUGAGGUAUGCACUCGAAGGGUUGGUUGUAUCCAUGUACGGUUAUGGUCGCGAACCUCUUUCCUGUCAUAACGAAGAUGGUUAUUGUCAUUAUCGUUUACCCGAAAAAAUAUUCCAAGAAAUCGGUAUGAUAGACGGCAGAUAUUGGACAGACGUAUCAGUGAUGGUCUGCAUUCUUCUAGGCAUUGUAAUAACUAGUUUCUUGACUUUACAAAAUCGUUUGAAAGGCCAAUAA